CGGACUCGUCGCAGGAAGCUGCUCGGUGGGAAACAAGCGGAGAUGUGGCUUCUGUCGGUGCUGCUGCCUCUCCUCAGGCUCUACCUCUGCGGGGCCAAAGUGCUCUUCUAUCAGAUGUUCUACAAAUCGUUCAAACUACCAGUCUUGCCAAAGCAAAAUGGAAGGGUUGCCAUAGUGACGGGCGGGACCAGAGGAAUGGGUUUUGAGACGGCGAGACACCUGGCACGCCUGGGCAUGCAUGUUUUCAUAGUUGGAAACGAGAGAGAGGAGGGCGCCGCGGCGGUCAGGACGAUUCAUGAAGAAGGAGGCGAGGGGAAAGCCGAGUAUGUUUACGUGGAUCUGACGUCGCUGAAAUCUGUCCGUCAGUUCGCUCAGAUGUUCAAAGACCGAGGACUCCCGCUCCACCUGCUGGUUAACAACGCCGGCACCAUGCUGGUCCCUGAGCGUCAGACGGAGGACGGCUUCGAGUUCCACUUCUGUCUGAACUACCUGGGUCACUUCCUGUUGGCCAACCUGCUGCUGGACGUCCUGAAGAGGUCGGGGUCGCCGGGCCGCUGCUCCAGGAUCGUCAACAUGUCGUCUGCCACUCACUACGCAGGAGUCAUUCACAUGGACGACUUAAACAGGAGGAAACACUACAGUUCCCACGGUGCCUACGCUCAGAGCAAACUGGCUUUGGUCCUCUUCACCUACUACAUGCAGGAGCAGCUGAACGCCGGAGGUCACAACGUGAUCGUGAACGCCGUUGACCCCGGCAUGGUGGACACGGCGCUCUACGACAACCUGUGGACGCUCGCGCAGAUGCUGAAGAAACCAGUGGCCAAAAUCCUCUUCAGGACUCCAGCAGAGGGCGCCUCCAUCACCUUGUUCGCCGCCGCCUCCUCGGAGCUGGAGGGGGUGGGCGCCUGCUAUUUGUACAACGGGGAGAAGAGGCCGUCUGCAGACGCUUCGUACGACACGGAGCUGCAGGCCGAGCUGUGGAAGAAGAGCUGUGAGCUGGUGGGGCUGCAGCGAGCCUGAGCGCCCCCGUACACCAGUCACCUGUGCCUUAAUUUAAAACAUUCAACACUGAGGUUGAUACCUGCUUUUUAAUCAUGCACUUAAACAUGCAGCCCAGAUUUUACAUCAACAUGGUCAUAACACCAUGAUUCAUUAUUACCCUGAACAGCACUGAGUAAAUACAGAAUGCACUAAAUCUCAUGCAGGACUCGAGGAGAAGGAGACUGCUGCAAAAGUAAUAUUUAAAAUGAUUGUUGUUAUAGCUUAGAGCGAUGAUUAGUUUGCUUUUUUAAACAUUUAAAAGCUGGUUUAAAAUAUGAAGACGCUUCUCUGCUGCAGGUCAGUGUGAAACUAAAACAAGUGAGGCGAUAUGCGUCAUCUCGUUUGACUUUUUUAAACAUGAUCUUCAAGCAUACGUCCGUCCAUCAUUUCAUUUUUUCUCCUGCUUAACCUUACACCUAACGAGAAUGUCUUUGGACUGUGGGAGGAAGUCGUAGUACCCGGAGAGCCCACACAUGCACCGGGAGAACAUGCAGACUCCACACAGAGAGGCUCCUGUCAGUCGGGGAUUCAAACCAGGAACCUCCUCGCUGAGAGGGGACAGCCAUAACCACUGCACUGCUGUGAAGCCCACUUUUAAAUCAUGCAGAUUGAUCAGAAAAAACCCUUUAAAUCCUGAACGGUGCCUUUUUUUUUAUCGCUGUGAGAUGAAUGUGUCUGUUAUAAAUGUCACAUAAUGAAAGUGAUGUCUGCUGUGAGAGUGAUCGAUCAUGUCGUCUGACAUUCUAUCAGUAUUAAAAGAGUUUUGAAGUAUUAAUGUGCAGUGCAGAAUGUGCUGCCUUCUUUCUGAAGAAGAAUCAAAUGUUUGAUUUAUUGAUAUUUGUUUGCAUAUGAAUUGUUCACUAAGAAGUCGACUGUCAAUUGAAAAUCUUCUUGUUGUUCAUUUUAUCAACAGAGGAAGACAAAUGUGAAGCAGAGUGUUUAAAUCACGAAUAAAACAAACGACUUUCCCUCAAACCA